AUGCUGGUGGUCCUGCUGACAGCUGCCCUAGUGGCCUUGAGCUCAGCUCAGAGCUCAAGUGAAGAUUUUGAGAACCAACGUCAGGGCUCUGCUGAGGAAGUAGAGCCUCCACAAGAGAGCUCCCCUAGUGAUGAUGGAGAUGAAGAAGAAGAUGAUGAUUCCCAGGAGGCACCACCCCCACCUCCUCCUAGGCCUCCUCAGGGAAAACCCCCAAGACCACCCCAGCCUAAACCUCGUCCUCCACCUCCUCCUGGAAACCAGCAGGGACCACCCCAACAAGGAGGCCCACAGCAACCAAAUGGCCCUCCUCAUCCUGGAAACCAGCAGGGACCACCACAGCAAGGAGGCCCACAGCAACCAAAUGGCCCUCCUCGUCCUGGAAACCAAAAUGGCCCUCCUCGUCCUGGAAACCAGCAGGGACCACCCCAACAAGGAGGCCCACAGCAAGCAAAUGGCCCUCCUCAUCCUGGAAACCAGCAAGGACCACCACAGCAAGGAGGCCCACAGCAACCAAAUGGCCCUCCUCGUCCUGGAAAACAGCAGGGACCAUCCCAACAAGGAGGCCCACAGCAAGCAAAUGGCCCUCCUAGCCCAGGAAACCAGCAAGGACCACCACAGCAAGGAGGCCCACAGCAACCAAAUGGCCCUCCUGCUCCUGGAAACCAGCAGGGACCAUCCCAACAAGGAGGCCCACAACAAGCAAAUGGCCCCCCUAGCCCAGGAAACCAGCAAGGAUCACCACAGCAAGGAGGCCCACAGCAACCAAAUGGCCCUCCUGCUCCAGGAAACCAACAGGGACCACCCCAACAAGGAGGCCAGCAGCAGAAUCGUCCUUCUCGUUCCUUACAUAAACAAGGACCACGCCACCAAGGAGGCCCCCAGCAACCAAAUGGCCCUCCUCAUCCAGGAAACCAGCAGGGACCACCUCCACAAGGAGGCCAGCAGCAACCAAUUGGCCCUCCUCGUCCAGGAAACCAGCAGGGACCACCCCAACAAGGAGGCCAACAACAGAACCGCCUUUUCCGUUCCUUAAAUAAACAAGGACCACCCCCACAAGGAGGCCCACCAAAACCAAAUGGCCCUCCUGCAGGAAACCAGCAGGGACCACCUCCACAAGGAGGCCCACAGAAGCCAAAUGGUCCUCCUCCUCCAGAAAACCACCAGGGACCACCUCAGUCUGAAGGUACUUACCUGUGCUUUGUCUCCUUGCCUACUGGAAGAGCCAGGGUUUAUGUUUCAUGGAUCCUUAAGCCACACUGA